UUUUCUGACCGUUAGUUCAGAUUCUGUUGUUCCUCCCUUGACGCUAUCGCGCACUACACCCACUACAUACUCUUUUCUCUAUAUACAAUCCCCAUCUCAUCUCCCCCUCUCCCCCAAAAAGCCGCCUCCCAUUUCCAUUUUCUAUCCCAAAACCCUAUCUCGUCGACUCCCUCCCUCUCCCCACAACUAUGAAGCACUCGAUUUUCGUAUCUCCUAUCCUUGUUCUUCUCUUCGUCCUACUUUCUCCUCUUUCUUCCCAUGCUUUUCUCCGAUUGCCUCCGAAUGCGUACUUUCCGUCCGUGCACGCCGAGAAGUUGAUCCGGCAGCUGAAUUUGUUCCCCAAACAGCUCAUCAACAUCGCCGAUCACGACCCUCUGUCUUCUUCCUCCUUUUCUGAAGCUGAGAAAAUUGUUGAAAGGCCGUUGAAGUUAUCCAACUUAGUCUCCGAUCCUAGCGUCACCGUUCAAGACCUUGCUCAUCAUGCUGGUUAUUUCAAAAUUGAGCACUCCCAUGCCGCCAGGAUGUUUUACUUUUUCUUCCAAUCACGCAACAGCAAGAAAGACCCAGUCGUUAUCUGGUUGACUGGCGGACCUGGUUGCGGCAGUGAAUUAGCACUCUUUUAUGAAAAUGGACCUUUCAGUAUUGCUAAAAACUUGUCUCUUCUCUGGAAUGACUAUGGCUGGGACAAGGUCUCGAAUUUAUUGUACGUGGACCAGCCCAUUGGAACUGGCUUCAGCUACAGCACUGAUAGGCGUGAUAUUCGUCAUAACGAAGACGGAAUUAGCAACGACUUAUAUGACUUUUUGCAGGCUUUCUUUUCAAAGCAUCGUGAGUUCGCAAAGAAUGACUUCUACAUAACAGGGGAAUCAUAUGCUGGUCAUUACAUUCCAGCUUUUGCUGCUAGAGUGCACCGUGGAAACAAAGCUAAGGAAGGAAUUCACAUCAAUCUGAAGGGAUUUGCUAUUGGUAAUGGGCUGACUGAACCAGGAAUCCAGUAUGGAGCAUACACUGAUUAUGCACUGGACAUGGGGAUUAUUUCAGACUCUGAUCAUGACCGUAUCAACAAGGUGCUUCCAGUGUGUGAGACAGCAAUAAAGCUUU